UUUCGUUAUAUAACGGUACUGUAAUGUGAAAAGCGAGAACCCUGGGUUUGUGUAGUGGCAGAUCUUGCCUGUUAUCAGUAUAUUUCGUCAUUAUUUAUCAAAGUCCAGUACGGUGGCCUCAGCAUAGAGAGGCCUACCAUCAUCAGCUGUGAUUAGUCAGUCUGUAAGAGUGCUUGGCUCUUGACGUAUGAGUUGGUUGUCCCAAUUAUACCGCAAAUAUUGUUGAAUCAGUUUUAGUUUGUGAAGUGGGGGUGUCUUCUUCAACAGAUCAAGAUGCUCGUGAUAAAAGGUGUUAUAAAGGCGAUUCCUCACACUCCAGCCGUUCCCUGGGGACUCCACUCACUAUUUUCCAGAAAUAUAAGUUCAAGCAGUAAACUAUGGGUGACGAAUCACUCACCUCCAGUGAAUGUUGACGCGAAGAGAGCUCUGCAGACGUCGGAGAGGCGGAGGGGAACGUUCACAGACCGAAGCCAGUUCAAAUAUGCAAGAAGGCUGGUGGUGAAACUCGGCAGUGCUGUUAUCACCCGAGAGGAUGAGCAUGGUUUAGCAUUGGGACGUCUCGCCUCAAUUGUCGAGCAGGUCGCUGAAUGCCAUGUGGAGGGAAGAGAAUGCAUCAUGGUGACCAGUGGAGCUGUAGCUUUUGGUAAACAGAAAUUGACGCAGGAGCUUCUGAUGUCUCUCAGUAUGAGAGAGACUCUCUCUCCCAAGGACCACACUAGAGCCGACGCGAACACUCUCCUGGAGCCCAGAGCUGCAGCGGCUGUAGGACAAUCGGGACUUAUGUCCCUUUAUGAUGCCAUGUUCGCUCAAUAUGGAGUUAAAAUCGCUCAGGUAUUAGUGACGAAGCCUGACUUCUAUAACGAGGACACCAGGAGACAUUUGUUCAGUACGUUGUCUGAAUUGAUCAGCCUCAACAUAGUUCCUAUCAUCAACACCAACGACGCGGUAUCCCCUCCACCAGUUGCACCUCAAGAUCUACAAAAGGGCGGCAAGAAGACAAUCAGUAUAAAGGACAACGACAGUCUGGCGGCCAUGUUGGCUGCUGAGGUGCAGGCGGAUUUGCUGAUUCUGAUGUCGGAUGUGGACGGCAUCUACACGGCGCCACCCUGGCAGGAGGGGGCGCGCUUCAUCCACACAUACACCUCGGACAUGCACGACAUCGUGCAGUUCGGCAAAAAGUCAAAGGUCGGAACUGGUGGCAUGGACUCAAAGGUGGAGGCAGCCACUUGGGCGUUGGAGAGAGGAGUGAGUGUGGUCAUCUGCAACGGAAACCAGGAGAAGGCCAUCAAAACGAUCAUCAGUGGUCGCAAACUUGGAACUUUCUUCACCGAAUCAUCAACUGCUGGAAGUGCACCAGUCGAGGUACUCGCUGAGAAUGCUCGCCACGGAAGCCGAACCCUUCAGGCACUUUCGCCCGGUGACCGCGCCUCGUGUAUCUUCACCCUGGCCGAUCUCCUCACUUCCAGGCAGAGCGAUAUUCUUGCCGCUAAUGCCAAGGACUUAUCGGAAGCGGCUAAGAGCGGACUUGCCAAGCCACUCCAGUCACGACUUUCCCUAACUCCCGCCAAACUUAAAAGUUUGGCUACAGGCUUGCGACAGAUUGCAGAGUCUAGCCAUACAAACGUGGGAAGAGUGUUGAGAAGAACAAAAAUUGCUGACGGAUUGGAGCUCUCCCAGGUUACAGUUCCUAUUGGUGUACUCCUUGUUAUCUUCGAGUCUAGACCUGAUUGCCUUCCUCAGGUUGCUGCCCUGGCUCUUAGUUCUGGAAACGGACUUCUGUUGAAGGGAGGCAAGGAGGCUUCUCACAGCAACAGGGCACUCAUGGAAGUUGUCAAGGAAGCCUUAGCAACGGUUGGAGCUGAGAACGCCAUCUCUCUGGUCUCAACCCGUGAAGAAAUCAGUGACCUGCUUUCACUGGAAAGUCACAUCGAUCUGAUCAUCCCAAGAGGUUCAAGUGAGCUGGUGCGAAGCAUUCAGGAGCAGGCUCAACACAUUCCAGUACUUGGUCACGCCGAGGGUAUCUGCCACGUCUACAUUGACAAUCAAGCUGAUCUGGACAAGGCCCUGAAAAUUGUUCGAGAUGCCAAGUGCGACUACCCAUCUGCUUGCAACGCUAUGGAGACACUUCUUAUCCAUUCAGACCUCGUACAAAACGGUUUCUUCCACACAGUCUGUGAUAUGUUAAAGAAGGAGGGAGUGACAGUCUACGCUGGACCAGAACUGUCUAAGAUGCUGACAUUCGGACCACCACCUGCCAAGAGCCUGAAGACCGAGUACGGAUCCCUGGAGUGCGCCAUAGAGGUGGUGAAGGGGGUAGAGGAGGCGGUCGACCACAUUGCCAAGUACGGCAGUGGGCACACCGAGGUCAUCAUCACCGAAAACAAGAACACAGCUCAGCUCUUCCAGAGAGACGUGGACAGCGCCUGUGUUUUCCACAACGCAAGUUCACGAUUCGCUGAUGGCUUCAGGUUCGGCUUGGGCGCUGAAGUUGGUAUCAGCACAGCCAGAAUCCACGCGCGAGGCCCGGUGGGCGUCGAAGGUCUGCUGACCACCAAAUGGGUGCUGAAUGGAGAUGGCCACGCAGCCGCUGACUUCGCUGAAGGAGGACCCAGCACCUAUGUGCACGAGUCUCUCCCAUUGUAACUAGACAAUUCAUCACAUCACCACACUGCAUCAAGCGCCGCAUCACAGGUGGCAAGCUGCGACAACAUUCAUCCACAAAUCUACAGUGAGGAAUCCAGCUCUGAGAAAACUUCAUCUGCCAAAUCAUUCACAUCUGAUAGGAAGGAAAAAAUCGAUGUGGUUCACAAAUCGUCCAAAUUGUCUCUAUUUAAUAGAUUAUUGGAAAAGUUGAAAUCGUUUUUAUCUGGUUGACGCUGGAUUCAACGAUUCAAAAUUCAUCUCCUAGUACAUUACAUUUUUACCAUAGAAUAUACAAUCUGAAAAUAUAAUAUAUAUCAGAUUGUAUGUCCUCGAUUUACUCAUAUCAACAAUUAUAUAUAACAGAAUAACGUCAUAUCAACAAGGAUGUCUUUACAUCGAUAUAAUUACAUAAACUUGUAUUUUUAUACUAUCACUAAGCAUCGGAUAAACAAUCUAAGUUUAAAUUAAUAGAAAAUAGAAGAUUCAUCUGCUUUAACGCUCACACAGAGAUUAUUGGGAAGAAAAUGGUUUUAAAUAGUAAUCAAGAAUAGAGAGAUGCUUCUAUCAAUUGAAUAUAUACAUUAUUAUAAGAUUAUAUUAUCAACUCAUGAGGAGAAUAAAUAGUUGGAAAUUUUAUUUUUCAUUCUCCGAACACUGUCAGUUAUAAUAGACUGACAUUUUUAAUAUACCAGUGAUAAAUAAUGAUAAUAUGCUUAAUAUUUGAGUACUACAAUAAGAGUGUACACUUAUAAGAGGGAACGUAUCCUUGCAACCAAUCAAAGAUAACAUUCCUAUUGUAAAAUGUCAAGAAUAAUUUUAAAUUAAAGUUGAAAUUUUGUAUUCACUCGUUAGCGAUUAACUUACCCUGGUGCUGUUUUUUAUCUGUAAUAAAUAUAUACUAUACUUAGGACAAUGCUUUCUCUUCAGCUUUAGGGAUUAUCGUAGUGGAGCACAUUCAUCCACUAAUGAACACGUCAAUGAUAUAAUCGAAGAUGAUUUCAAUUAUCAUAACAUUAUGGAAUCUACAGUACUUGUUCUAAUAUAUUAUAUUGUGCCUUGAGGUGUAUCCAGCAGGGAACAUUCUCUUAUUAUUCAUUAAGUAAUUAUAUCAUAUUGUAUCAACGAGAUCCUGUUAUUUGUUAUUUAUUAAAAUUAUUAUGUUUUUGGUGUUCAAUAAAUCAUAGUAUGUUUUUAA